UGUCAUUGGUCAAUAAAGAGACGUCAUUUUAAUUUUUUGACGGCGUUGCGCAAAUUAGAAUUUUUGACUCUCACUCAUUGCGGCUGCCAUGUUUUUUUUCAUGUGGGGUGUGUGUGUUUAGAAACUAUCAUGAUAAUUUCCCCGUAUAAACUAGUAAGGAAAUACUCCCUUGCUCGAGUGACGUUUGUUUGGCGCCAUCGACCCAUUUAGCGCGGAGGGGCGGAAGUAAGGGGUGCACUAAGUGCGUCAUUCAUUGAUAGCUAGUGACAAUGAACAAAAUUUACUAAACGCGAAGAUCGAGUCAAGAGCAAACUUCAAAAACUAGCAAAGAAUAGGCCAAAGAAACAAGGAUGUUUUAGUACGCUCGCAUCCAAAGGAUCGAUAUUAGCACACGGCCCCUGGCAAUUGAAAAAUGGACAUUCGAUUUUUGAGCAUUAUGAUUGUGUUUGAUAGCAGCAAAAAUUAUAUCGGGCAGGAUGCGUAAGCAUAAGAGAGGGAGCCAGGCCUACGCCUGCUGGCCUGUCACAUCCAGAGAAUUGCACCUGAAUCCACACUCCAUCUGAUACUUGCACACAUUACAUAGAGGAUAUGCAGUGCCCACUUGUUCAGGAAAGGGACCGUAACCGGGGGAAUGUUAAAAUGAAGACUUUUAACGGGUUUAAGAAUUCAUAUAAGAAGGAGUCUAAUCUGGACAACAUUGUUGAUCAGCUGUGCACAAGACUUCAAGACAUUAAAGAUCAAGAAAGUACGUCUCUAAUAGGCAUGCCCACGUGUUCUUUGGAACAAACUGAGGCUGUGCGUCGUUAUUACGCUGCAUUCCCGGCUCUAAAGAAAGGUCAAGAGUCACCAUUGCAGUAUUAUCUGCCGCCACCUGCCUGGUGUCGUAAAAAUACGUCCGAUACGAAGGUCAAGAUGCAAAGCGAACUGUCAAUGUCAAAGGAUUGGAAUUCGAAGACCAAAAAGUUUUGUCCUGGUAAAGAACGUCGUAACUCAUAUCACGGUCAGAAAAAGAACAAUAGGAAACGCUAUAACAGUUACAGUAGAUCAUUUGAGAGCAAAGAAAAUCUGCCAGAGUGGAUGACACAUGAAGGUGUUUGGGAUAUGGAAACUCAAGAUCCGGUCAAGGAGUUCAUAAGAGCAAUAGCAUUGGAUGAAGGUUACGGUACAUGUGAGAACACUGUGACUGAUGAAAUUAAGGAGAUAACACAUCAAGUUAAAUUCAGGUUAAACGACAACAUGGUACCAAGCUGGGGUGACGGCUUUGACCUCAAUACCGAAUGGGUCAUCACAGACGAUAUGAACAUGCGGGAGACGUCUCCGAUGGAUGCGGAGCUUUACGCAAAAUUUGAGGCCAAAUUUGACCGGAGCAUCGAAGCGCUCUGGUCCAAGGAUCAGAACACUCCGGAUGACGAGUAUCAGGAUCUGCCGAUCGACUUUCAGGACUUACUCUCGUCGCCCUCUGACCACCUCUUCGCUGACCCUUCUGCUGAGAAGUGCAGCUUGAUCUCUCUGACCGAGAGCAUCUGGUCCGCGGACGCGGCUGACCCGCCGGGCGCCGAGCGCGCCGACACGGCCAGCCGCAUCGCCGACGGCCUGCACGACCGCCUGCGCCCCCUUCACAUCGCCGACGCCGCGCCGCCUUGCCCGCGUGAGAUCGAGUCCUUCUCGCUCUACGAGGGGGACGACGUGUACGACGCGCUCUCCUCCGUCGCAAAGACGAUGCGCUCCUUCACCGCCAUCAACCAUAGCCGCGACUGCAGCGGUUUCGUCGAGGUGCCGCCGCGACGGCGCCGCGCCCCGCCCCCCGCCGCGCCCAUGCCCGCCCCGCCGCGUGCGCUGCCCGCUGUCGAGCGCGAGGACCUGCUCACGUCCGCGCGCACACACUUCCGCCCCAUCCGACGCGAGACCGAGGCCGAGGCGCCGCGAUACGCCGACGGUGACACAUUUGACAUCCGCGGCGAUCUCGAUCCGGUCGAGUUCCAGCGCAGCGAGUCUGGUGGCGUGUACCUCGGCGGGACGCUCGAGCGGUAUCUCGAGUACCGCGUCGUGCGCAGCAUCGACUAUGGCCGCCUCAAUUUGACGGCCGCGCAGCGCUGCCCCGACCUCGACGACCCGGGCUUCCGGCUGCGCUUCCCGGUGCGUCAGACGGACGCCGCCGUGCAGACGGAGCGGCGCGCGGACGCCGCCUGGGAGUGCGACGGCUGCGGCGGCUCCGCGAAGAAGAUGCGGCCGAGCGCCGUGAGCAGCAUCUGGAGCGAGGAGCUGGGCUGCGGCUGCGGCGCGGCGCGCACGCGGCCCGGGCCCGCGCCGCCGCGCGACGAGCUGUCGCGCGACUGGGACGAGCUGCUGCGCGACAUCAGCGCCGCGCACCGCCUGUACGCCGGCGAGGACGAGGCCGAGGCCGAGCCGGCGGACCGCAAGCGGCGCCACAGCGCGGCGCUGCGCUGCGCGGCGGCGCCGUGCCCGCACCCGCACGCGCGCUUCCUGCCGUGCUGCCAGGCGCUCGACCGCCCGCUCACGCGCUGACGGGCCGCGUCGCCCGAUGUCCUUCGAGUUGGGGGCCGUCCGUUAAUCGUGUGAUGUUCUUUUGCAACUCUGACCGCUGACUCCCUCUCGGUGAUAUUUGGUAAGAUUUUAGACUACCUAAACCCAUCCACUCCCAAAAAUCACGUGUAGUUUUUUUGUGCAAAGUGUAUUUUAAAUGUUCAGAAUUCUAUGUUGAAAUACAGGUAAAAUUUGAUUAAGUUUUGAAAAAUUAAUAAUAAUCGUUUAUUUCGGAAAAGACGUUCAUAAAAAUCAACAGUAUUUUGCAAUAAGUAUAGAACCACCAAUUAUUUAAUUACCCAUAGUAAUACAAAUUGUAUUGGGUGUAAUUGGUUGUUAUUUUUGAUUAGAAAAUUGCGCGUUCAAAGCAAAAUAAAUACAUGUGAUAUCUCAAAAUAACCAAUCUCAGCCAUAUCCAUCCUUUCCAUCUCCAUCAUACCUGGUGCUGUUUUUCGACCCCCCCCCCCCCACCCCUUCGAGGCUCACGUGAUUAAUGGACGACACCCUUAUCAUUUGCGUCGAGACCGGUCUCGACUCCUCGCCAGGUUUGUCUGAGGCGAGAAGUGUCAUUCGUUUUAUUGUAAAUUCGACUGACCGCCUUUUAUAGUAAAGGUAGACGAGUAGUUUGUUUAUCCGUAGUGCCUUGUUCGUUAACUUAAACCGACUAAAAUGUGACAAUUUUCUAUCGGAAACGCUUCAGACGAUGCGAGUAUGACCGACGAGUAGAUCGACUCGGUAUCGACGAGAUAGUGUCGCUCCGAAAAUGUUGGAAUAGUUUCACUUCGGGUGCAAAUUUAAACGUUUAGCAAAUAGUUUUCAUGUGUUGGCAGAACGUUUGGAGAGGAGGCCAGUUUAGCACAGUAUUUACGGGAACUUUUAUUAGUAUUUGCGUCUAAUUCGACUAAUCAAGCUAAGAUGUUACGAUAUAUGAAGGAAACGAAUUGGCCUUACAGACUGUUAAUUAUGAAAUCACAACUUCAGUACGUGAAUAUUGUGUCAAGGUGGCCUCUAUCGAUUAUUUCUUUUAUUGAACGAAUUUACGUUCCUUGUA